AUGCCUCUGGGCCGCCUGCCUCUUUGUGUGUUACGUGGAGCCAGAAGGUUUGUUGUCCAUCCCCAUCGGAGCAUGUCCAAGUCAAGUGAGGCUGUGGCUGCGUGUCGUCGACAGAUUGAGGCACAGCUCGACAAGGUUCGCACGCUCAAUGCCAGCGAGGCUCCGAUCGAUGCCGUCUCGAGCGAAGUGGCGGCGCUACAGGCACUGAGUGCGCAACUGAGCGAACUGAGCCUGUCAAAGAAGGGCGGCCAAAAGGGCAAGAUCACGCUCAAGACGCCGAAGGGCACACGCGACUGGGAGCCGCUCUCGAUGUCGCUCCGCAAGCAUGUGUUUUCGACGAUCGAGCGCGUGUUUUCGACUCACGGCGCCGUGACGAUCGACACGCCCGUGUUUGAGCUCAAGGAAAUUCUCGCUGGCAAGUACGGCGAGGACAGCAAGCUCAUCUAUGACUUGCAGGAUCAGGGCGGCGAGCUGUGCAGCCUGCGCUACGACCUGACGGUGCCGUUCGCCCGCUUUGUGGCCAUGAACCCCACCGAGUACGGCAACAUUAAGCGCUACCACAUCGCCAAGGUGUACCGCCGCGACCAGCCGGCGAUGACGAAGGGCCGCUUCCGCGAGUUCUACCAGUGUGAUUUCGAUAUCGCAGGCACGUACGACGCCAUGGUGCCGGAUGCCGAGUGUUUGUGCGUGCUGGUCGAGACUCUCGAUGCAUUGGACAUUGGUGCGUUUACGAUCAAGCUGAACCACCGCAAGCUGCUCGAUGCCAUCUUUGCCGUGUGUGGCGUGCCAGACGACAAGAUCCGCACGAUCUCGAGCGCCGUCGACAAGCUCGACAAGAGCCCGUGGGACGAGGUCAAGCACGAGAUGGUCGCCGAAAAAGGCCUGCCGGCCGACGUAGCCGACCGCAUCGGCACCUACGUCCUGCAGCGUGGUAGCCGCGAGCUCAUCGCCAAGCUGCGCGAGGACGCCGCGCUCAUGCAGAACAACAAGGCCGUCGAAGGCCUCGCGGACAUGGAGCUCCUGUUCCAGUACCUCGACGUCUAUGGCGUCGUAGAUCGCGUGUCAUUUGACCUGAGUCUUGCGCGCGGCCUCGACUACUACACGGGCGUGAUUUACGAGGCGAUCACGGCGCUGAGUGCACCGCCCACGAAGGAAGGCGCGCCGGCGCAGCGCAAGACCAAGGACAAUGGCGAGCUCGACGAAAGCACGGUGGGUGUCGGCUCCAUCGCCGCAGGCGGUCGCUACGACCACCUCGUCGGCAUGUUUUGCGGCGCCAAGCGACCCGACGCCGUGCCGUGCGUGGGUGUGUCCAUCGGUGUCGAGCGUGUGUUUUCGAUCCUCCUGCAGCGCCUCCAGGAGGCACAGGCGCGUGGCGAGCGCACAUCGGUGCGCCAGAAAGAGGUGGACGUGUACGUGAUGAGCAUGGGUGAUGGCCUGCUGCUUGAGCGCAUGCAGGUGUGCAAAAUGCUAUGGGAUGCGGGCAUCAAGGCCGAGUUCCUGUACAAAAAGAAGCCCAAGCUGCAGCAGCAGUUCGCCGUCGUGGACAAGGAGCAGAUCCCGCUGGCCGUGCUGCUCGCACCGGGCGAGUGGGCCAACGGGACCGUGCGCGUCAAGCAGCAGCUCGGCAAGGACGAGGCCGGCGACGACAAGGGCACCGAAGUGCCCCUCACUGAGCUCGCGGCGUUCGUGCAGACCAAGCUCUCGCCAUCUAGUUGA